GAGAUCAGAACAGCAAAUGUGAGUCAGAUAAAAACAGAAUAAAACAAGAAAAACCAAACUGUGUCAGACUGAACAGACCCAGAGUAAAAACAUGGGUUUAAGUGGGACUUCAAACUGUCGGUGUUUGGAUCUGAUGUGAGGUAGGAGACGAUUCCAAAGCUUUGGUUCAGAAACAGAAAAGGAUCAGUCACCUUUGGAUUCAGUCAUUCCAUCGGUGCUGGAAUGGUUCUGGAUGAACCAUAACUGUGGACGGUAAAGGUGGGAUGUGUACCAAUAAAUCUGUGUGUUUUUGCCAUUUUAUUUAUAGUUACCAUAGCAACAGACCAUAAUGGGCGGAGCUGUGGUCGACGACGAACCCAGUGGAGUGAAGGCGCCGGACGGUGGGUGGGGUUGGGCGGUGCUGGCCGGCUGCUUCGUCAUCACAGGCUUCUCCUACGCCUUCCCCAAAGCCGUUAGCGUGUUCUUCAAGGAGCUCAUCCAUGAGUUUGACGUUGGUUACAGCGAUACAGCCUGGAUCUCCUCCAUCCUACUGAGCAUGCUCUAUGGCACAGGUCCGCUGUGCAGUGUGUUGGUGAACAAGUUCGGCUGCCGUCCGGUCAUGAUGGUCGGUGGACUGUUUGCGUCUCUGGGGAUGAUCCUGGCCUCCUUCGCUACAAACAUCAUCCAGAUCUACCUGUGCACUGGAGUCAUUACAGGUCUGGGUCUGGCGUUGAACUUCCAACCUUCUCUGGUCAUGUUGAACCGUUACUUCAGUGAGAAGCGUCCUCUGGCUAACGGGCUGGCGGCGGCCGGCAGCCCUGUGGCGCUGUGCUGUCUGUCUCCGCUGGGACAGAUUCUGCAGUACCACUACGGAUGGAGGGGGGGGUUCCUCAUACUGGGGGGCAUUCUGCUAAACUGCUGUGCCUGUGGGGGCUUAAUGAGACCCCUUGUACCCCCCAAAAAACCCCAGGAGCUGGAGGAGGGCGGUCCCACAGCUGCAGAGGCCAAGACCAGACCCAAGAAGAAGCUGUUGGACUUUGUUGUGUUCAAGGACAGGGGUUUUCUGGUGUACACGGUUGCGGCGUCCAUCAUGGUGCUGGGCCUAUUCGUGCCUCCUGUGUUCGUGGUCAGCUACGCUAAAUCGCUAGGCUACGAGGACACCAAGUCUGCUCUGCUGCUCACUACCUUAGGAGUGGUGGAUAUGUUUGCCCGCCCCAUCUGCGGACUCAUCGCAGGCGUAAAGUGCGUUCGUCCAAAGAGCGUGUACCUGCUCAGCUUCGCUAUGCUCUUCAACGGAUGCACUGACCUCAUCGGAUCACAGGCAAACACCUACGCAGGUCUGGCGGUCUUCUGUGUCUUCUUUGGGAUGUCCUACGGUAUGGUGGGAGCUCUGCAGUUUGAAGUCCUCAUGGCCAUCGUAGGAACAGAGAAGUUCACCAGUGCCAUCGGCCUGGUGCUGCUGAUGGAAGCCAUUGCUGUUCUGGUGGGACCACCUGGAGCAGGUCGCCUCUUGGACACCACACAUAAGUACAUGUACGUGUUCCUGCUGGCCGGAUGUGAAGUGGUGCUGUCGGCUUGUGUCCUCGCUCUGGGGAACUUCUUUUUCCUCAGAGGGAAAAAGGAUCCAGGGACAGAGAUGGCUCUGAGCACAACAGAAAUGGAGAGGCUGAACUGUGGCAAAGAUGUAGGAGGUGAAGGAGAUGAGAACCUGAGAGUCACAGAGAACGGAAGAGACACUGGUGUGGAAGGUGAUCAACGGGGGAAGCAGGUGGACGAGGACAGUGAGGAGAAGCCGGCCACGUCGCUAUGAAAAUACGACCACAGACGAGAACCAGUCCUGAAGGUCUUCUGCAGCCGAGAGGGCGACAAAUAAAUAUCCAACAGGACCACACAGCUGGGGCUUUCCUUGGACGCACUUUGGUUUGUUUGUUGUUUUCAUAGGUGUGUUUGAAAGAGUAGAGGGCGCCACUGAGCUUCUGGAUUUGCUGAUUUAGCGGAGUACACACAUAAAGAUAAUCAGGCUGUUUUUGUCCUGAUUUUGCCCCUUCCCGACACCAGAUUAUUUUAUGUCUUAUCAGAUUCUCCUGUGGUCUGAGGUGUGUUAAGAGUCAAUUUGUCCCGAGAAUCAGCCCCGAAACAGGUUGGGGCCGACAACUUGUUCAGUAUUUACGACCAGAAAUCUUCACAGGUGUGGGGAAAGCCGACAACUCCAUAGUCACGUGGAACGGAAUGUAGCCGAUCAAGAAGUGAGCUGACUGAUAAACAAGAAAGCAGACGUAAAUAAAAAUAAGCAUGGCCGAUCUGAAACAGAAAGUGGAUUUUUCCUUCAAAAAUAGUCCCAAGAACCGUCAUCAUUCCCUCCCCUCGUAUGUCUUCUUCUGUGUUGCGUAGGGAUGGGAAUUUAACGAUUCCGAUUCCAUUAUCGAUUUUGCUUAUCAAUCCGAUUCCUUAUCGAUUCUCUUAUCAGUUCUUAUUGGGUGAAGGAAUAAAAGAGUAUAAACGGGUGUGUUUGCGUUAACUGUCUUUUAUAUUUCCAUCUGCACAGAAAAUAUAACAUAUACAGUAUGGACAAAUAAUAAGAACAGAUGACGCCAGCCUGGUUUAGAGGGUGGGGGGAUGGACUUAAAGGUGGGGUCUGAGAUGUUUUUCUGGUGCAUUUUUUAUUAUAUUCCUUAAAAUCCCCUUCACACCCCGAUUACAACUAAUUAAUUAAAUGCUCUAACACAAAAAUUUAAAAAAAAUCAGUCACCUGUGGAAUGGACAGGACUGAAGAAACAUCAUUUUGAGCGCCACUCGAAAUUAUUGAACAAUGAUAUGUCUUAUCAAACUCAACUGCCAUUUACCCCUCCCCCCUUCCCCCCUCAGCGCGUACCCCUCUUUGAGUAUGACUCAUGCGUUCCCAGAAGCUGGAGUGAUUGUACAGGAAGCGUAGCCAGAACCUGGCUAUAUUAGUUCUAUUAGGAUGGAAAAUUCACCGGCAAACUGUUUAGUGACUAACAUAAACCACUAGGAAAUGUAACAGUCACAUAGGUCUGAACUGGGGCUGUUCUGGAGGAGCGGGGUGUUAGAGGAAACUGAAUGAGGUAUGCAUUGGAUACGCCGGCUGGAGGCUCAGCCGGGGCCAUAGUCGGGGUAGGAGUCCGAGGCGUACGGGAGCGAAGCAGGGGACGGAGCCUCAGCCGGUGUCGGACCGGACCGUAGACGGCGUCAGAGCCUGACCCGGGUACAGAGCAGAGCCUCAGCCAGGGAACUGUUGCUGUGCAGCGCUCGUGAACCCUCAGGAACAAGCAUUGCACGUGCAACUACUCUGGAGGCGUGGCUUCGGAGGGACGUCUGAAGAAAGGGGUUUGGACUUUUGAACUGAGUACUUUCAAAAUGUAGCUUGCUCGAACCGUUUUCUAAGAUCUCAGACCCCACCUUUAAGACACUUUACUAAUUCCUCUAUGUCUCCCGAUGUUGUCCACCUUGUUUCCUUACCCCUACCUUCGGAAACUUUUAUUUGAGGGGGCAGGACUUUUUGUUGCCCGCACUGUAACCUCCCUGGUGUUCACUCUGCCGCUAGAUUUACAAG